AUGAGUGACGACGUCCAGGAACCUUCAAACCCGACAAAGGAGCGAGAGCAGAGGCGGGAGCAGGAACGACCUCGGCAGGAGAAGCAAAACCAAUCGCUGCGCGUCCAGAUUCUCGUUUACCGUUGCAUGGGCAUCGACCUGUGGAGCCCCACAAGCUCCAAUGACCGCCAGCUGCUGACGUUCGUCACAAUGGCUCCGCUAUUCUUGUUCAUGGUCCCCAUGUUCCUUGCCGCCCGCGAAUACAUCACCCAGGUGAGCCUGCUGUCCGACACCUUGGGCUCCACGUUCGCCAGCAUGCUGACCCUAGUCAAGUUUCUGCUCUUCUGCUACUACCGCAAGCAGUUCGUUGGCCUAAUUUACCGCAUCAGGGGCAUUCUAGACAGGGAAAUCAGUGUGUGGCCGGAUGCCCAGGGAAUUGUGGAUGAGGAGAAUCAGAGCGAUCAGAUGCUCAGUCUGACCUACACGCGUUGCUUCGGUCUGGCGGGUGUCUUUGCUGCCAUCAAGCCCUUUGUGGCCAUUGUUGUUUCCUUGAUCCGGGGCAGCGUGGGUGAGUCGGGCAUCCAUCUGGAGUUGCCCCAUAAUGGUGUAUAUCCGUGGGAUCUCCAGGUGGUCUGGUGGUAUGUGCCCACCUAUCUGUGGAACGUGAUGGCCAGUUACAGUGCGGUGACCAUGGCCCUGUGCGUGGACACCCUGCUCUUUUUCUUCACGUACAACGUAUGCGCCAUCUUCAAGAUCGCCAAACAUCGAAUGAUUCACCUGCCGGCGGUGGGCGGUAGGGAGGAGCUGGAGAGUCUAGUCCAGGUUUUGUUGCUUCAUCAAAAGGGCCUGCAGAUAGCUGAUCAUAUCGCUGACCAGUACCGACCCCUGAUCUUCUUACAAUUCUUUUUGUCGGCCCUGCAGAUCUGCUUCAUUGGCUUUCAGGUGGCGGAUCUAUUUCCCAAGCCCCAGAGCCUAUACUUCAUCGCCUUUGUGGGCUCGCUGCUCAUAGCCUUGUUCAUCUACUCCAAGUGCGGCGAGAACAUCAAGAGCGCCAGCCAGGACUUUGGAAAUGGACUCUACGAGAGCGCCUGGACGGACUUUACUCCGUCGACCAAGAGGGCACUGCUCAUUGCCGCCAUGAGAGCCCAGCGUCCCUGCCAGAUGAAGGGCUACUUCUUCGAGGCAAGCAUGGCUACCUUCUCGACGAUUGUCCGCUCUGCCAUGUCGUACAUCAUGAUGCUGCGCUCCUUUAACGCCUGA